AUGUUUUCCAGAUCAGAAAGAGAUAUUGACUCGUUGGCUGGCGAUAUAGGGAAUUUGAGUUUCGAUGUGGGCGAAAAUAGUUUGAAGAAUUCGAUGAGGGGUGGACCGGUGGUUAUGCCAGCAACUCCAUCUCAAUACAAGGAAAAUGGAUACAUGGGCACGCCAUCACCUACCAAGUCAGUUUACGUGGGGGACAAGAGUUCUGUUAUGGAUAUUGAUGAAACAACGAGGGAUGACAUCGAUAUAACGAGUUCUCCUAAAAAGCUACCAGCAGGAUUUCAUGAAAAGGCCAAGUCACACAAAACGCAAAGAGUGGUGAGCGUUUGCCAGAUGUAUUUUUUGGAUUAUUACUGUGAUAUGUUUGACUACGUGAUUAGCAGAAGACAGCGUACUAAGAGAGUGCUGGAGUAUUUGUCGCAGCAGAGAGCACAAAAGAGUCUUGGAAAUGAACGAUUAAAUGAGGAAUGGACGGGAUAUUUACAGAAAGAACAUGAAGUAUUAAGGAAAAGAAGAUUAAAACCGAAGAAUAAAGACUUUGAGAUGAUAACACAAGUGGGCCAAGGUGGCUACGGUCAGGUUUAUUUAGCAAGAAAGAAGGAUACAAAAGAAGUUUGCGCUUUGAAGAUUUUGAAUAAAAAACUACUUUAUAAAUUAAACGAAACUAAUCAUGUUUUAACCGAAAGGGAUAUUUUAACAACAACUAGAUCGGAAUGGUUAGUCAAACUAUUAUAUGCAUUUCAAGAUAAUGAAAGUCUAUACUUGGCUAUGGAAUUUGUACCUGGUGGUGACUUUCGUACACUACUUAUCAAUACAAGAUUUCUCAAGAGUGCACAUGCAAGAUUUUAUAUCAGUGAAAUGCUUUGCGCAGUAAAUGCAUUGCAUGAAUUAGGCUACACACAUAGAGAUUUAAAACCGGAAAAUUUUUUGAUUGAUGCAAAGGGACAUAUAAAAUUAACGGAUUUUGGUUUAGCGGCUGGUACUGUUUCAAAUGAAAGGAUUGAAAGUAUGAAAAUAAGACUAGAAGAAGUUAAAAAUUUAGAAUUUCCUGCUUUUAAAGAAAAAUCAAUGGAAGACAGAAGAAAAAUGUAUAAUUCCCUGAGGGACUCCGACGUUAAUUACGCAAAUUCAAUGGUUGGAUCUCCUGAUUAUAUGGCGUUGGAAGUCCUGGAAGGUAAGAAAUAUGAUUUCACCGUUGAUUACUGGUCGUUGGGAUGUAUGUUGUUCGAAAGUUUAGUUGGAUAUACACCAUUUAGCGGAUCAUCAACCAAUGAGACUUAUGAGAAUUUGAGACAUUGGAGACAAACUCUAAGAAGGCCGCGCUCAGAUAACGGCAGACCGGCAUUUUCUGAUAGAACAUGGGACGUCAUUACGAGGUUAAUAGCCGAUCCAAUAACUAGAUUAAGAUCAUUUGAACAUGUUAAAAGAAUGCCAUAUUUUGCAGAAAUAAACUUUGAUACUCUGAGACAAAUGUGUCCACCAUUCACACCACAGCUGGAUAACGAAACAGAUGCUGGUUACUUCGAUGAUUUUACCAGUGAAGCUGACAUGGCAAAAUAUGCUGACGUUUUCAAGAGACAGAAUAAAUUAUCAGCAAUGGUUGAUGAUUCAUCGGUAGACUCGAAGUUAGUAGGAUUUACCUUCAGACAUAGAAAUGGUAAACAUGGAUCAAGUGGCAUAUUAUACAAUGGAUCAGAACAUUCAGAUCCCUUUGCCACAUUCUAUUAG